AUGCCUUCACGCGGAAACGACGUUUUCCCGACAUUGCAGUCAUGCACACGAUUGGGAACAGGCCAAACGAUAUUCGAUGUCAAAUUCUGGCCUUAUGCUACGAGCAAUGACGAGCAGAUUUUUGCAUUCACGGGCGGGACUGAUACGCUUGUAUGUCGACCAAAACUAGAUGCAGACCCGCCUUUUGAAGUCUUGGGGUGGUUCCAAGACGAGGUUAAUCCCGUGAGAGCGCAGGACGAACCAGACGCGCCACUUGCUUCGCUCAACAGUCUUGCAUGGGCUCAAGACCCUCGCACGAAGAAGCCACUGCUCUGUGUCGCUGGCGCGGAGCAUAAACACAUCAAGAUCCUAGACAUCGAGUCCGGCGACGUCGUUUAUACGAUCUCUGGGCACGGGGGCGCGGUGCAUGACUUGGCUGUAUCCCCGCUAUCAACGAGUCUGAUCGCUUCUGCAUCGGAGGAUACCACUAUUCGACUCUGGAUGAUCCAACCGGAAGCUGACGCAGCGAGCUGUGUAGCAAUUCUGGCUGGCGAGGGACACAAGGCGCCAGUCCUCGCUAUUCAUUUCCAUCCGAAUGGCAAAUGGCUCUUGUCUGGUGGCAUCGACCAUGCCAUCUGUCUGUGGGCUGUCCCUCCUCUCGACAAAUUGAGCGAGAAGACUACCUCCGAGCCUCUCGUAGUCUACUACCCGCACUUCUUCACGAAAGAAUUGCAUCCCAACUACGUUGAUAGUCUUGCAUUCUACGGCAACCUCAUACUGUCCAAGGCUGCACGAGAUCAGGACCAGCAGCGCGUCUCGAACGAGAUCAUCUUAUGGAAAAUCACAGGCUUCGAUGCCGAGGAACCGCCUGCAGAACGGCCGCCAGUCCCUACUCCAGGUUCGCAGACUCGGUCAUCUUUUGCACACGAUGAAGAGUAUCGUGGGUUUCACAGGCUACUCACCCUCGACAUACCUGACACGGAUCGUUUCUAUCACCGCUUUGGCUUCUAUCAUUGCGAUGACAAGCGACCUAUACUGUGUAUGGGAGACCAGCGGACCCGCUAUUCCUUCUGGGAUCUGCAGAGACUUGAAGAAGGUAUCGAUCCGCUCGACAGACCAAAGAGGAGAGCAGCGCGGAGGAAGAAGGGGUCAAACGUUCUGAGUGAUCUGCGCAAGAGUGAACGAGUAGCAGCUGGUGUUUCUGGCCAAACUUCUGACUCUUCAUCCACUGUUGCCUCCUCCAAUGCAGCACCUGAUUCUCGCGAGUACACACUGGGCGAGAAAUUUACGCCACUCAAGGCUCACUACAGAACGACCGUCAAUACCAGCCUCCUCAAGCAAGGCAGUGUGGAUGGACACUUUGCCACGUCACAGAUCGCCUGGAGUCCAGAUGGAACGUGGAUGGUCUCUGUUGGCGACGCGGGCAUGAUGUGUAUUUUCCACCGGGACAAGCAGGUGGUAUGAAGAACAGCCAGACGGGGAGAAUUUCCCGACCGCGUCGCCUAGGGAGUGCCGUUCGCACUGCGAUGGACAGCUGUCAACGAUAGAGCGAGCGGGAGGACCGCAAUCACCCAUGGGAUAAAGUGCACAUGCAGAAGAGAACAGCCGCAGCUGAAAAGGCCACC